AUGGACCUGGUGGAGGUGUUUGCUGUGUCGUCUGAGGUGCCUCCUAGUUCUAGCGCCAACCCCUGGGACCUGCCAGGGGGGAACAUCCGCACCCCUCUCCACCACCCCCUCCCCCAGGCCCAGGCUGCUGCUGGGGCUGGUCACCUGCCUGGGGCUGGGGCAGCCUCCGACCCCUGGGACUCACUGGGUAAGAGCUGCUCCAAGCCUCUAAAGAGCUCUAACUCUUAACAGCCGGUCCCAAUUCACUCCCUAACCCUUCAACCUUGGCCCUACCCCUUCCUCGUAUUGGUCUGGAUAUGUAUACACAGUGUAGUUAGGACCAGGGGAAGGGAUAGAACCAGGGGGAAGGGAUAGGACCAGGGGGAAGGGAUAGGACCAGGGGGAAGGGAUAGGACCAGGGGAAGGGAUAGGGCCAGGGGGAAGGGAUAGGACCAGGGGGAAGGAUAGGGCCAGGGGGAAGGGAUAGGACCAGGGGGAAGGGAUAGGACCAGGGGGAAGGGAUAGGGUCAGGGGGAAGGGAUGGACCAAGGGGGACAGGGAUAGGCCAGGGGGAAGGGAUAGGGCUCACAGGGGAAGGGAUAGGGCCAGGGGGAAGGAUAGUACCAGGGUGACAGGGACUAGGCCCAGGGAUGAUACUCUAAUGACUCAGCUGCUCGAAUGAUAAUCUAACUAUGGCCUGAUCAGGACUACUGUCCUCAGUCAAGGGGUAAUAGUGUAGGUCCUGUCAGUAUUGACAUCACGCUGCCUCAGUACAGCAGGACACAGGCGUCACUGCUGCUAGGGCACGACUCAUGACUCGACAGACUACCUAUGUCUUCAGAUGAUUUAGUACAGUUACUGUCUGUCUCAGUGAUGACUCUUUAAUACGUUGAAGUAUGUUGCUCAGUCGACUGAUCAUUAAACGUAAGUUACUGCGCCAAAUCCACUGACUCCAGGGAAUACAUUUACAGCUACUGCCCUCAUCAGCACGACCAUAAACAGGUACCAGUCUACUGUCUGGCCCAUAGCACUGACCAUGGGAUAGCGUCAGUCUACUGUCUGCCCCAGUCAGGACUCAUUAUACAGUUAAGUACGUCUGCUCCCAGUCAGACAGACUCAUAAUCAGUUACAUCUAGUCCGUCCAGUCAGCACUGACUCUUAAUACCAGUACGUCUCUGUCUGGCCGUCGCACUGAUCAUAGAUCAGUUACAGUCUAUGUUGCCAUCAGUCAGCACUGACUCAUUAAUACAGUUACAGUCUACUGUCGCUCAGUCAGCACGAUCAUUAGACAGGUGGAAGCUAUGUCUGCUCAUCAGCAGACUCAGUGAUACAGUUACAGUCACUGGAGGCAUAGCAACGCAUUAAAGCAUACGGCUACUCGGGCUAGUCGUUAUGACCAGGAUAAGUACUAGCGACCAGCGAAAGGAUAGACCAUGGAAUAAUACGUACUGUGGCAUCAGCAUGACUCAUGGAUACAGUACAGUACUGGUACCAUGGCGCAUACAGGCAUAUCGCUCUACUGCGGGACAGAUCAGGACGUCAUGGAAAGGAAGUACAGUUACGUGUCUCAGUCACCAGUGAUAGAUAGAGAUACAUUACUGUUCCUGUCACCAUCAUAUGCUACUGUCUGCCCUCAGUCAGCACUGACUCAUUAAUACAGUUACAGUCUACUGUCUGUCCUCAGUCAGCACUGACUCAUUAAUACAGUUAGCUACUAUCUCUCUCUCUGCUCACACUGCAUAUUAAUGUAGCCAUUACAGUCUACUUCUUGUCACCUCAUACGACUGUAUCCUAAUACAGUUACAUCUACUUCUGCUCACCACUCAUACUGUACUGUGCCAUUAACAUUACUCUCUUCUGUCCACCAUCAUACUGUGAGGCCAAUAUUAAUACAGUUACAGUCUACUGUCUGCCCUCCAGCAUUAUCCCAGCAUUAUCUCUCUCUCUCGCUCGCUAUCUCUGCUCACCACUUAUACUGUACUGUCUGCCCUCCAGCAUUAUCUCUCUCUCUGCUCACCACUCGUACUGUACUGUCUGCCCUCCAGCAUUAUCUCGCUCUCUGCUCACCACUCAUACGGUACUGUAGGCCAAUAACAUUAUCUCUCUCUCUGCUCACCACUCAUACUGUACUGUAGGCCAAUAACAUUAUCUCUCUCUCUGCUCACCACUCAUACGGUACUGUAGGCCAAUAACAUUAUCUCUCUCUCUGCUCACCACUCAUACUGUAGGUCAAUAACAUUAUCUCUCUCUCUGCUCACCACUCAUACUGUAGGCCAAUAACAUUAUCUCUCUCUCUGCUCACCACUCAUACUGUACUGUAGGCCAAUAGCCCAAAUCAAUUGAUUACAUAAUGUGUUCCAGGCUCUGGUAGUUAUUCUCUUACCAAUACACACCCUCAUAUAAAAGAAAACUGUGAAACAGUUUGCAAAUAAUGUUAAUAAAGCUUUGUGUAACUCUAAUGGAAUGUUUAUGAUCUGCUUAUAGACGUGUAAUAAUGUAAAUCCUUACCCUGUCCUGUUACUGCAGUGGAGGCUCGCUCCACUCCCCCUGUGAUAGAGUCUCCCUGGAUGGUUCCUCCCACCUCCAGUAGCUCCGCCCCUCCUUGGGAGCGUAGCCGGUCCCCUCCGGACCCCUGGGAGAACCCGGGGGUAGCAGACCCAUUCUCUGUCCCAGCUGUUCUUCGAACUGGCAGCCCUACAGGUGACUGGCUAUCUCUGGCUCCCUAUGGCUAAACACGCACACACACACACACACACACACACACACACACACACUCACACUCACAGAGACACAGACACACAGACACACAGAGACACACACACACAGAGACACACACACACACACACACAGAGACACACACACACACACAGAGACACACACACACACAGAGACACAGACUCACAGAGACACACACACAGAGAGACACACACACACAGAGACACACACACACAGAGACACACACACACAGAGACACACACACACAGAGACACACACACACACACAGAGACACACACACACAGAGACACACACACACACAGAGACACACACACACAGAGACACACACACACACACACACAGAGACACACGCACAGAGACACACGCACAGAGACACACGCACAGAGACACACGCACAGAGACACACACACAGAGACACACAGAGACACACACACACACACACAGAGACACACACACACACACACACAGAGAGACACACACACACAGAGACACACACACAGAGACACACACACACACAGACACACACACACACAGACACACACACAGACACAGACACACACACAGACACAGACACACACACAGACACUGACACACACACACAGACACACACACCUGCUACCUUUUGUUUAACACAUUUCUAUGUAUCAUGUAACAACAUGUAACAUACAGUGAGGGAAAAAAGUAUUUGAUCCCCUGCUGAUUUUGUACGUUUGCCCACUGACAAAGAAAUUAUCAGUCUAUAAUUUUAAUGGUAGGUUUAUUUGAACAGUGAGAGACAGAAUAACAACAACAAAAUACAGAAAAACGCAUGUCAAAAAUGUUAUAAAUUGAUUUGCAUUUUAAUGAGGGAAAUAAGUAUUUGACCCCCUCUCAAUCAGAAAGAUUUCUGGCUCCCAGGUGUCUUUUAUACAGGUAACGAGCUAAGAUUAGGAGCACACUCUUAAAGGGAGUGCUCCUAAUCUCAGUUUGUUACCUGUAUAAAAGACAGCUGUCCACAGAAGCAAUCAAUCUGAUUCCAAACUCUCCACCAUGGCCAAGACCAAAGAGCUAUCCAAGAAUGUCAGGGACAAGAUUGUAGACCUACACAAGGCUGGAAUGGGCUACAAGACCAUCGCCAAGCAGCUUGGUGAGAAGGUGACAACAGUUGGUGCGAUUAUUCGCAAAUGGAAGAAACACAAAAUAACUGUCAAUCUCCCUCGGCCUGGGGCUCCAUGCAAGAUCUCACCUCGUGGAGUUGCAAUGGUCAUGAGAACGCCCAGAACGGGAGGAUCUUGUCAAUGAUCUCAAGGCAGCUGGGACCAUAGUCACCAAGAAAACAAUUGGUAACACACUACGCCGUGAAGGACUGAAAUCCUGCAGCACCCGCAAGGUCCCCCUGCUCAAGAAAGCACAUAUACAGGCCCGUCUGAAGUUUGCCAAUGAACAUCUGAAUGAUUCAGAGGAGAACUGGGUGAAAAUGUUGUGGUCAGAUGAGACCAAAAUCGAGCUCUUUGGCAUCAACUCAACUCGCCGUGUUUGGAGGAGGAGGAAUGCUGCCUAUGACCCCAAGAACACCAUCCCCACCGACAAACAUGGAGGUGGAAACAUUAUGCUUUGGGGAUGUUUUUCUGCUAAGGAGACAGGACAACUUCACCGCAUCAAAGGGACGAUGGACGGGGCCAUGUACCGUCAAAUCUCGGGUGAGAACCUCCUUCCCUCAGCCAGGGCAUUGAAAAUGGGUCGUGGAUGAGUAUUCCAGCAUGACAAUGACCCAAAACACACGGCCAAGGCAACAAAGGAGUGGCUAAGGAAGAAGCACAUUAAGGUCCUGGAGUGGCCUAGCCAGUCUCCAGACCUUAAUCCCAUAGAAAAUCUGUGGAGGGAGCUGAAGGUUCGAGUUGCCAAACGUCAGCCUCGAAACCUUAAUGACUUGGAGAAGAUCUGCAAAGAGGAGUGGGACAAAAUCCCUCCUGAGAUGUGUGCAAACCUGGUGGCCAACUACAAGAAACGUCUGACCUCUGUGAUUGCCAACAAGGGUUUUGCCACCAAGUACUAAGUCAUGUUUUGCAGAGGGGUCAAAUACUUAUUCCCCUCAUUAAAAUGCAAAUCAAUUUAUAAUAUUUUUGACAUGCGUUUUUCUGGAAUUUUGUUGUUGUUGUUAUUUUGUCUCUCACUGUUCAAAUAAACCUACCAUUAAAAUUAUAGACUGAUCAUGUCUUUGUCAGUGGGCAAACGUACAAAAUCAGCAGGGGAUCAAAUACUUUUUUCCUUCACUGCAUGUAUGUACGGGUAGAAGCAUACAUUUCUAAACAUAUUUGAACAUUUAAACAUAUUUGUACUCUCCAUUAGAUGGUGACCUGUUUGACGAGGCGAUGGACGGAGGUCAUUUCAGCCUGAACAGUCGUGGUGAGGGUGAGGGCAGCCCGGAGCUGUUUGAUCUGUCUCGUUUAGUGGACAGUCUGGGGGUCCCCAGCCCUCGGACCUGCCGGACCCCUGAAUCCUUCCUGGGGCCCACAGGGGCCUCCCUGGUCAAUCUGGACAGCCUGAUACCAGCCAACCCCCCAGCCAAAACCAAGAACCCCUUCCUCUCAGGUGAACACAGCCAACCAUACCAUGUACCCCAUCCAAAAGUGCUACUCAGUCACUUACUCAGAUCUGGGGCAAUUACAGCUUGAAGUUUGCUCUUUUGGGACUAUUCCAUUGAUCCUAUCGUAGCUUACUGGGCAAACUUAAUAAUCAAGUGCAGGUAAAGUAUUUAAACAUUUAAUGUGUAAUGGUUAAAAGUGCUUCUACUGACUCUCUCUCUCUCUCUCUCUCUCUCUCUACCUCUCUCCCUCUGUCUCUCUCCCCAACCUCUCUCUACCCCCCUCUCUCUCUUCCCCUAUCUCCUUCCCCCCUCCAGGUCUGAGUGCUCCAUCUCCCCUCAACCCGUUCCAGAGUGAACAGCCUCGUCUCACUCUGAAUCAGAUGCGUCCCAGCUCCACGUCCCCCGUCCCCCCCUCCGGUCCUCCCUCCCUGCCCUACAGUGCUUCUCUGCCCCUGCCCUCCAGCCACCAGCCGGCCAGCCUUCCCUCCUCCCUCACCCAGCCCACCCAGGGAGCCCUGGACAUACCUGGGCUGCCACAGCCCCUGCUACCCCUCUCAUCCAUCUUGUCUCUGGGAGACCAGCACAGUCAGAACCCCUUCCUAUGA